CCUGGGAGCUGCAUCGGGCCUCGGGCGCUGGGCGGCUGUUUUAUAACCGGGAUCCUCGGUGACGUAUGGCUGCCGGCUCCUUGGCAGCUGUCUUUCUGGACCAGUAGGCAGAGAGGGAUCGACGCCGGCGAGACUUGUGCAUCUUGGAAGGGACCGUAGUCUUCUGUAGUGAAGAACAGAAGCUCUCAAUCACGCGGGUGGAAAUAAGAGCCCGAGGGGAGUCCAAAAGCAAAAGCAGAGGAGGGGGACAAGUGUGUGUUGGGGGGGAGCGGGAAAAGCAUUUUUGGUGGAUGGUAUGAAGCCAGCCAUGGAAACUGCAGCCGAGGAAAAUACUGAACAAAGCCAAGAGAGAAAAGUGAACAGCAGAGCUGAAAUGGGAAUUGGCAGGUACCACUGGAUGUACCCAGGCUCAAAGAACCACCAGUACCGUCCCGUGCCAACCCUGGGGGACAGGGCUAGCCCCUUGAGCAGUCCAGGCUGCUUCGAGUGCUGCAUCAAGUGUCUGGGAGGAGUCCCCUACGCCUCCCUGGUGGCCACCAUCCUCUGCUUCUCGGGGGUGGCCUUGUUCUGCGGCUGUGGGCAUGUGGCCCUGGCGGGCACCGUGGCCAUCCUGGAGCAGCACUUCUCCACCAACACCAGUGACCAUGCCCUGCUGAGCGAGGUAAUCCAACUGAUGCAGUAUGUCAUCUAUGGCAUCGCGUCCUUCUUCUUCUUGUACGGAAUCAUCCUGUUGGCAGAGGGCUUCUAUACCACCAGCGCAGUCAAGGAGCUGCACGGCGAGUUUAAGACAACCGCCUGUGGCCGCUGCAUCAGCGGGAUGUUUGUCUUCCUCACCUACGUGCUGGGAGUGGCCUGGCUGGGCGUGUUCGGUUUCUCCGCGGUGCCGGUGUUCAUGUUCUACAACAUAUGGUCCACCUGUGAAGUCAUCAAGGCCCCCCAGAGCAACGGGACAGCCGGGGUGGAGCAGAUCUGUGUGGACAUCCGGCAAUACGGCAUCAUCCCUUGGAACGCCUUCCCCGGAAAAAUAUGUGGCUCUGCCCUGGAGAACAUCUGCAACACCAACGAGUUCUACAUGUCCUACCACCUGUUCAUCGUGGCCUGCGCGGGAGCUGGCGCUACCGUCAUCGCCCUGCUGAUCUACAUGAUGGCUACUACGUAUAACUAUGCGGUUUUGAAGUUUAAGAGUCGGGAAGACUGCUGCACUAAGUUCUAGAUGCAUAAGGGCCCAUGAGGAGCUUUAGAGAGCUCUACUCGAUAGCAUGAAAUGUCCCUGACCCAUAGACUAAAGCAGAGCCUAGGUUCCUGCAGUUUUCUUUCAGUAAUUUGUAAAUUGCUCUAAUCAACUUAUGUCGCAUGGUAGAUUAAUACAAUGACUUACCGUACGUGGACCACAGAAUAAUGAGAUCUGGCUAUUUCCACCUUUUGGAAAGGAUUCAGUUACUUGUUGACACUGGUGAGCAUCCACUGAAAAAGUUUUCUUAACUUGGAGCAGUAUCUCUAAGUGAAGUAUUCAAACUUGGGUAUCCUUUACCUUUUCCGUUGGUUUUGCUUGGUAACCUGUUUCAGUGAUGAAAACAAGUCCUGAAGAUGAAAUGGAAGCGAACUAUUUUAAUCUGGACUUAGUUUUGUCAGACUCCAUCUGGAAAGUAAUUUACAAAUGUAUUUUAAAUUUGCUUGAAACAUUUUCUUUUUUUUAUCAUUACCUGGCUUGCUACCAAAUGCAUGCCCCUCAAAUAAGCGGACUGUCCAAAAAUUUGAAGGAAAAUAAUUCAUCAGUUAUCUCUGAGAAAAGGGUUUUACAAACUCCUGGCAGAGCCCAGAGAAUUAACAUCCAAGUGACGAGUUAGGGUGAGUAGUAACUGAUUCCUCACAGCCACUUCUCAAACUGCACGUCAGAUUUUAGUAAGAUUUUAAUGGGGAGAGAAAUUGUGCCUGGAUCUGAAAGUCUCAAAUAUGCUGAGAAGGAAAUAUGAAAUAGAAGGAAACUGUGUUGUAGAUUUUGCAGGAAAAGAUGAGGAAAAAUAAACAGGAAAGACGCAUUUGCCUCAUCCACUAUCAACAAUGAUAAUAAAGAUUUUGACCUUUUGUGAAAUGAAAUCAUGGCAGUUAUAAAUGAAAAAUGUAGUUUCACUGCUCAAAAUGUGUUAACACAGGGACUGCAUGCUUUGCUUAUAGUUCUUAUUUUGGGUUAUGACCUUCACUUAAUUUUUCCACGUUAAAUAUGUAGUUUUAUAUUACUUACUUAAACAUUGUUCACACUUUCAGGCCUUUGGGGGAAUGGAUUUUUGUCCAGAGAUAGGAAAGAUCUUUGCAUGACACUUACUUUAAAAUAACCAUACAACGUCUUUCUGAACUUCUGCCUGUCCUUAAAGUUGCUCUCAAAAUGGUAAAAAGUUACCCUCUCGUACGUACUUCAUUUUUGCCUUUUCUGAACAAUAACGUUGACCAUUUUUUUCCGAGUUCAUUGUGUACUAACCUUUCUUCAGCCUCUCAAUGUGAAGUGCCCUGGUAGAGCAUGCGCUCUGUCUCCGAUGCCCCUGACAGCAGGGUGGGUAUUAAUACAGAAUAACCCUCUCCCCUUUCAGUCCGCAGCGUCUAAUCCGGCUCGCAGCUCGCUUUGCCUCCUCACAUGCUCACUAGCCAUCAUGCUCACCCUUCUCUUCCAGAUCCACUUCCUCAUGAUACUGUCUUCUAACUGGGCUUACUUAAAGGAUGCAAGCAAAAUGCAGGCUUACCAGGAUAUCAAAGCAAAGGAAGAACAGGAACUGCAAGAUAUCCAGUCUCGGUCAAAAGAACAACUCAAUUCUUACACAUAAAGGUCUGCCAGAGGGUCUCAGCCGACGAGUUGACAGCUCUGACAAAUCACCAGACAGCUGCUCUGCAGUCCAGAUGUGUUCCCCACCCAACAAACUCAUGUACCAGUCCCAACACUUCAUUGUCUGUCUCAAGCUGCCAGGAUGUGUUUCUAGGAAAACCUUCCAGUACGUAAAUCUUUUCCUUUAGAACAGAUAUCGGAGGUGUCAUGUGAGCCAUUUUAAAAGGCAACACUUUGACAAAAUGAUGGUUCAUCCUUUUGAACCCUGUGCCAUGUUCGCAUCCAUCCCUAGAGCAAAUCGGCCAAGACGCCCGGGGAAGAUGGCAUAGUCCUUGACACGGGCCCGUGGUGCGCCAGCAUCAAGCGAAAUGGCCACCAGUUCACGGAUGCCAUCUGUCCUCACAUCCACGUAUCUAAAUAGGGAAUAAAAUACAGCUGAGGUGACGUUCCAGUUCUCACAGCUGACGUUUAUUAAACUGGCUCAGGGAUACGUGAGCCGUACAAUGGACCUUUAAAAAAAUUUGGCUGAUUCCCCCAGUCCAGGACAUAUUAAUUUCCUGAACUACUCAGAAAUCUUUUUUCCAAGAAUGCUCAAGCGAGCCUGCUAGAGUAAUUCUACUACACCUACCAUGGAAAAAGCUGGAUUCCAACUGAUAGGCUUUCCAGAAUCAAUUUUAUAAUAGGUUUCAUUGUAAUAAAGUGACCCAGUUGUCAUCAUUCUUCUUGAGAAAGCAAUGUCAGCUCAAUGUCAGCUCUGCCUUAAUGAGUGUUUGCUUUAAAUUUCUAAGAACUUCAGUUACAACAGGCUACCCCAAAUCCUUCAUAAAAUUUUGUUCCACCAAUGUUUUUUUUUCCCUUACGAAGUGUUACCUUGUUAAAAUGACCACCACUCUCAACCAUUUUUAUGUGGUCUGAAAAGUGAGUUUACAGUUUCAUACCAACUAUCUACAACUUAAUUACAACUAGACCACAGACCUCCUACUUUUAUAGACUUGAAUACUUUAAGUAGGGUUGGUAUUUAUUUCACUUUUUCUUACCUAAAUCUUAGUUUCCUGGGAAUAAUAAAAUUCAAUGUUCGGCAAAAAGACCAAAAAAAAAAAAAAUCAGAAAAACAAAAAAAAUCUGCUUGAGUUUAAGCCAUCUUCAAAAGAAACUUGCCUUCUAAAUCAUUGUGUUUCAGAACAUUAAGUGAAUAGGUAUUGGGUAUUAGUGAUGGUAAACUUUGUGUUGUUCUUUAUGAAAUGAUACAUAUAACUGUUGGGGUGCAUCAGUGCUUUUUAAAAGGGGCUGCAUAAUAUAGGGUUAACUAUGUAUAUUCAUGUUAAGACUUAACUUGUGGUUUGGCUGUUUCCUGGAUUUUAAAACAUAUACAUGUGCAGAAAUGUGUUAAAAUGAAAGGAAGCAUACCUUUAUCAGAUGCUAUUAAAACUGAACAUCAAGUAUAAUGUUUCAUUUGGAUUCUUUUUGUUGUUGUUAAUGCCUAAAAAAAUGCCUAUUUGGAUCUUGACUUUUUUUUUUUUUUUUAAACUAAUUGGGAGAAGUUCUCUUCUGUGUAGAAAGUUGUUCCAGAAUGGCUUGGUGUUUUGUUUUCCUGUUGCAUGACAGACUUAAAUAUUUUUUCCAGCAGUGGAGGUGCUGUUAGAGUCCAGUGUUCUAGCAGAGGCAGUGUCUAAAGCCUAAUUUUACUUUUCUAAUUCUGGUAGCUAUUGCCAGGAAUUUCUGAACGUUUUGUUUAGGUAGUCUAAUAUUUUUUAUGUAAAGAGCAUUAAAUUUUGCUAUGUAUAAAUUUUUGUAACCUAACAGUGGAUCAAUAUUUUCUAUCAGUGCCAAGGGCUUCCUGUAGUUCUAUUCAAGUGUUACAAUAAAUAUUUGUAGAUAAUA